GGGUCAGAAAAUCCAGUUUGCGAGGAACGCUGUCUUCAGUUGUUCAUGCGGAGCUCUUGCCUGUCUAAACUCCGAUAAAUAAUUUCUCCAUAAAAUUUUUCCUCUUGUGGAUUAUUAUCGUUCGGACAACCCCCCCUUGUGUCUCAAGACCAACACAACUAGGAUUAUUAUUACUCCCUUCGAAAUGUUCGAAAAGGUUUUAGAUUGAAUGGCUUACAUUUUGCUGAAAAGAUAUUAAGAUCUGCUGAUCUCUUCUGCUGAGAGUCUGUCGUUUGUGAGUGACUAUCGAUGUUAAGGACUACAAGAGCUGAAGAGUAGAGGUCAACACUGAUAUGAUUUCAAGGUUGAAAGGCCAAGGCUGAGAAGAAAUGGAGGUGUUUCCUCUCCGCCUAACCUUAUCUAACGGUUGGUGGAGAACAAUCCCAUGGUUCAUCCUGUGUUCAAUACUGCCCAUGGUUGUGGCGGCGGCGGCAUCCUACAACACCCCCAACGAAACAAUCCUGUUUCAACACAUGGCCGUAGACCCAGUCACCGGUAGAGUCUACGUCGGUGCCACCAACAGGCUCUUUCAGUUCGACUCCAACCUACGUCUGGAACACUCGGUGCUGACCGGUCCGGUGGACGACGACAUCAACUGCUUUCCAGGCACCUGCUCCUCCGAACAGAACCUGGCGGGGGUGGACAACGUCAACAAACUCUUAGUGAUAGAUGAAAAUUCCAGGAGACUUGUUGUGUGCGGUAGUGUGUACCAGGGUGCUUGUAGGCGUCAUAGCUUAGAUGACAUAUCGGACGCCGAAACGAUGGUACCUCUGCCCGUCGCCGCCAACGACGAAACCAGUACAACCGUGGCCUUCGUGGGUCCUGCGCGCUAUAUGGGCAACCCGUCUAACGUGCUGUACGUCGCCACGACGAACAGCCGCCUGGGACCCUACCGGGACAUGGUGCCUGCCAUCUGCAGCAGGAGUUUGGAGGUUGGUAAAAAACUAUUCGCUGUGAUCGAAAAGUCUUUCUUAGCCAUUUCGCGUGUCGACAUCAGCUCGCAACUCAGAGAUUAUUAUCUGGUGGAUUACGUGUACGGUUUCCAUUCGGGAGACUAUGUGUACUUCGCCACGUUGCAACGACGUUCUCACCUGCGUUCCUUAGAGGAGUGGGGAUACAUCUCCAGACUGGCGAGGGUGUGCGUGACAGACGCGGCUUACGAUUCGUACGUGGAGACGACCUUGCAGUGCUUGGGUUCAGACGGCAGAGACUACAACCUGCUGCAGGAUGCCCACUUGGUGAAGACCGAAGAAGGAGAUGUUCUGGUGGGAGUGUUUGCCGCCAGCAGGGAUCACACGGCUCGAAGUUCGGGGAGAUCGGCUAUCUGUGUUUUCUCGAUGGCCGAGGUGGAACACAGGUUCACUGAGAACAUCCAUCUGUGUUACAACGGGAGUGUUCCGUCCAGGGAUAUGAAUUAUAUUGCUGGAAGUAUACAGGACUGCCCUGAACCUGGGGUACGUGAAGCCAUUCUUUCCACCUUGCUUUCCUCACAGAAGGGAGGUAACAUUUUUAAUUUCUGUGGUGAAUCUCUGAAACUAAAUGGAACCCUGCCCAUCACCUCCUUUCCUCUCAUCACCUACGACAACAUCACUCUUUCCUCUGUGGUGGCCACAACUACAUCGCAUCACGUCGUCGCUUUCAUUGGAACACGGAACGGAUCACUCAAGAAGGUUCUCAUCGGAGAGGAAGCAGAAGAGUUUGAAGAAGUAGUAGUGGAUGAAGGUUUUCCAAUCCUCCAAGACAUGUAUUUAGAUCCUUCUGAAAAUCAUGUCUACGUCGCAUCACCUUACAAGAUGAGCAAGAUCCGGGUGGAGGAGUGCGGUCGGCAUGAAGCAUGUGACCAGUGUCUUAGAGCCAGAAAUCCAUACUGUGGAUGGUGCUCACUGGAAAAAAAGUGUACAGUAAAGACUGCCUGUCAGAAUUCCACUCUGAGUACAGUAGAUGCCAGUAGUCCCCGUUGGUUGUCUCUCAACACUCAGCAAUGUAUAGAUUUCCAAGCUAUCCGGCCAGAGCACCUCCCCCGCAAUACUGUCUCAGUUGUGGAAUUAGUGAUAAAUCAACUGCCGCAACUGCCCUUCGGUGCAAAAUACAUGUGCGUCUUUGGUCGCAGCACACCCGUCCAGGCUACAGUCACAGACCAAGGACUAGCUUGCCUUGCUCCCGUCCUGGCCGAAAGACCUCCCAUACCCACGGGUAAAGAUCACGUGUCAGUAGAUUUAGCAGUCCGAUCUAGUGAAACCAACAAAGAUUUUCUUAAUAGACUAUUUGCCUUCUAUGAUUGUUCUGUUCAUAAGACUUGUACUUCUUGUGUCACUAGUUCGUGGGCUUGCAGUUGGUGUCCGCAUGAGAACAAAUGUACGCACAAUGUCACCAUCUGUUCUAGAACUGUUAUUUCUGGAGAAAAUAAUCCUCAGAACUCUCUAAUCAAAGGUCGCCAACACUGCCCAAGUUUCAAGUUGGAAAACGAGAUUCUGUUGCCCAGUGGGGUGCCCAAAGAAAUAACUAUAGAAGUUCGAAAUCUUCCAAGUGUGGUUGAAAACUUCCAAUGUGUCAUUGAAAUUGAAGGUGCCAAAGAACGAGUACUUGCUAUAGCUAAAAACAGCAAGAUCAUAUGUUCUGAAACUGCAUACACAUAUCAGGCAGAAGUAGGAAAAGUAACAGCAACAUUGACCGUUUUAUGGAACGACGAUACAUACAUCGAUAAAACCAAUGUCACUCUCUACAAGUGUCCACUUCUGGGCAGUCACGGGGGUCGGGCAGACUGCUCUCUUUGCCUCACUCGCGACCGCAAGUACCAGUGUGCGUGGUGUGACGGCUCUUGCAAAUACGGCGAUUCUUGCCUCGUUCCUGUAGCCACUACCUGUCCACCCCCCAGAAUAGAUUAUAUCCACCCUUUGAGUGGUCCGAUCGAAGGAGGGACACUGGUCACUAUAGAGGGUAGCAAUCUCGGGACAAGCGAAGAGGAAGUCCGGGACAACAUCACCAUUGGAGGAAUUCCUUGCAUCUUAGAGGACUACUCUGUGUCGGUCAGAAUUUCGUGUCGAACGGGACAGAGUCCGAGUUCCAUGUCGGGCGAUGUCCUGGUCGGAAACAAGGCAGGAGUGACUCUAGCAAAGGAAAAAUUCUCCUACAAAGUGGUGGAGCUGUCUCGGGUUCAACCCAACAAAGGUCCUCAGUCUGGUGGUACGCGACUUUAUCUCAUCGGAUCGAAUCUCAAUGUCGGAAGUCACCUGAAAGUCAUGCUCGACGACCUUCCCUGCAAUGUCGACAGGACGUUAGCUAGCAACAGCCAAAUCAGUUGUCGCACUACCAGGAGCCCCGUGCCAAACUACAAUGUGAGUACUCUGAAGUUAUUCGUGGAUAAGGCCAUCCUAGUCCUCCACAACCCCUUCUCAUACAGGGAUGAUCCCAUUGUCAAGAAGAUCACCCCCCUCAAGAGCUUCGUCAGCGGUGGCCGUGCAGUGACGGUGAGCGGGGUGAAUUUUCUGCCAGUUCAGCAGCCAAGGAUGAUCGUCUACCUCAACGACACCCUCGUCAAUGAAACGAUAUGCGAGGUGAGAUCAGAUCACUUGAUGGUGUGCCCCUCCCCUUCAGUGUCGAGUUCCGCCACCAGAUGGCACCUCUCUCAAACAGAUUACUUGGCAGAAGAGAGUGCGGAUCACUUACUUAAGUUGCGAAUCGGCUUCAUCAUGGAUGGGGUGGAGAGUGUGAGAUCCCUGCAGGAUUCAUUUCCUAGUCUGCAUUCGGAUCUGAUCUACGUCACUGAUCCAAAGUUCUUUGUCUUCGAAAAUAAUGGCAUCAAGCUUUACAAGGGAGAAUCUCUCGUCAUCGAGGGUGAGAAUCUUCGCCUUGCGAGCACUGAGCCCGAAGUAAAUGUGACCAUUGGUACAAGACCGUGCAAUUUGACCGCAUUAGCUUACACGCAGCUUGUCUGUCUUCCACCAGAAAUGCAACCAUCGGGAACGGACGAAUUCGGCCGCCAAACAGAGAUUGGACUUCCAUUAGUGGUGGUGAGAGUGGGACGCAAUUUGAGAUUUGAAGUGGGCUACAUGCGGUAUGAGGUGACCAAGUCCUAUGAGCUGCCCCCCGAGGCUGUGGGGGGCAUAGCCGCGGGGGGCGCCGUCCUUGUACUUCUCAGCAUAGUGAUACUGGCUGUACUGCGACACAAAAACUCCCAAGCAGAGAGGGAGUACAAGAGGAUACAACUGCAGAUGGACACAUUGGAGAACAGCGUCCGAUCAGAAUGCAAGCAAGCUUUUGCUGAGUUGCAGACGGACAUGACUGAUUUGACGAAUGACUUGGAAACUUGUGGCAUUCCAACGUUAGACCACAAAACUUACGUCAUGAAAGUGUUCUUUCCCGGAGUUUACGACCACCCUCUUCUGCAAGACACAGGAAAAGUUCGCCAGAAUGGAAUGUACAAUGCUUGUGAGAUGGCGAUGAGUCAGUUCGAACAACUGGUGAACAACAAGUGCUUCCUUUUGGCAUUUAUUCGAACCUUAGAAGUACAGAAAUCGUUCAGUUUUCGAGACCGGGUGAAUGUCGCUUCUCUUUUGAUGGUUAUAUUGAUGGAAAAAAUGGAAUACGCCACCGACGUGCUACGAGCCUUGCUGCUACAGUUGAUAGAAAAAUCAGUGAAUACCAAACAUCCACAACUCAUGUUACGAAGAACCGAAUCUGUGGUUGAAAAGAUGCUUACAAAUUGGAUGGCACUAAGCAUGUAUGACUACCUUAAGAAUGAAGCAGGCAGUUCCCUGUUCCUUCUAUUCAGUGCCAUCAAACAUCAGGUGGAGAAAGGACCCGUGGAUGCCAUCACACACGAUGCACGAUAUUCACUCUCUGAAGAACGUCUCCUCAGGGAACAGAUAGACUACUGCACUGUGACGGUGCAGGUAGUCCACGAGGAUCAGGAUGAAAAGAUUGUUUGUCGAGUGAAUGAUUGUGAUGUUCCUAGUCAAGUGAAAGCCAAAUUACUCGAUUCAGUCUACAAAAACACGCCAUUUUCUCUACGACCUUCCAUACACGAUGUUGAUCUAGAAUGGCGACAUGGACGGGGUGGCCAUCUCACCUUGGCAGACGAGGACGUGACCACUAAGACGGUGAAUGGUUGGAGAAGGCUGAACACACUCAGGCAUUACGGAGUGAGGGACUCUGCCGUUAUGAGUCUCGUCAACAAACAGAACGACAGCUUCAGCUCUAACUGUACGGGACAUGCCUCUUUAAAUUCUGUGUCUCCGAUUGUUGGACAGUACGACUUGGAACAGGGCCUAAGACUGUGGCACUUGGUCAAGUAUCAAGAUGACCAGGCAAAUAUCAAAGACUAUCAGCACAAAUCCAUUCCAGAAAUAUUUCUAACUAGACUGCUUUCCACAAAGGGUACUGUACAGAAGUUUGUGGAUGACUUCUUGACCACCAUUCUGACAGCGAACGAGUGUCUACCCCCAGCGGUCAAGUGGCUAUUUGAUCUCUUGGACGAAGCAUCUGCGAAUCAUGCCAUCCUCGAUCCAGAAGUGGCACAUGCCUGGAAAAGUAACAGCCUUCCUCUCCGAUUUUGGGUAAACUUCAUCAAGAAUCCCGAUUUUGUUCUGGACAUCCAAAAGACGCCUGUGGUCGAUUCUUGCCUCUCCGUCAUAGCACAAACCCUUAUGGACGCCUGUUCCACAUCUGAACAUAGGCUAGGAAAGGAUUCACCCUCAAACAAGUUGUUAUUUGCCAAAGACAUCCCAACCUAUAGAAAAAUGGUGAAUAGAUUUUAUCAGGAUGUUGCUGCUAUGCCUCCCGUUACAGAUCAGGAGAUGUGUGUGGCUAUGCAAGCACUAUCAAUGUCUCACAACGGAGAAUUUGAUAUCACCAGUGCCUUGCGAGAACUCUACGUCUACGCUUCAAAAUACAAUGAUCAGGUACUCGAAGCACUGUACACAGAUCCUUAUUGUGCGAAGAUACAUCUGGCAGAAAAGCUGGAGACAGUAGCUUGCACACUGGAAGGCGAAGAGACCUCCGUCUGUUGAACAAAACGCUGCUGGUUCAGCUUUAAAAGUCCAUUUAUUCCUGGUGCGUGAGACCCCCAAACAUUCCAAUUUGUAGGUGUCUUCCAGGAGAAUUGUCCUAUAAAAAAAAAAGAGAAAAAGAACCUCCUGGGUCAAAACACUGCAUCAUCACUCAAGAAGAUCCUCAAAGACUCGUGCGGUGCUGUGACUACACUCAUGUGUCUCCAUUUGUUUUUAUAUAGUCAUAGGGUCACACAGAGAGAGAGAGAGUGCUAAAGAAAAAAAGCUGGACAGUGAGAAUAUAAGACGCCCGGCAUUGUGUUCCUGGAUGUGUAGUUUUUAAUCCUUCUUCAUUGUUGUUAUGUAUAUAUAUAUAUAAAAAAACAGAUAUAGUCAUUAUUGUAUAUAUAAUAAUAAUAUGGCUUUUGUGUUCCACGGCUGCAUUCUUCCCAUAGAGAUUUUCGCUACAAAUCAGGGGCAGAUUUUUUUUAGUGGACGCAUCACAAAAAACUUUUGAGAGUAUCAUUUUCCGACGUCGUUUUUUGUGUGGCAAAAAUGAAAAAUUAUUUUGGAAAAAGACAGGAACUACUUUUUAUCCAAUGAGAGCUUUAGAACUCCAGUAAAUCUUUUUGCUAAAAAAAAAAACUAAAUCUUCUGUCGUCGAAGUAGAGAGCUUCUGUCACCAAAUCGAGUGUGCCCUGCAGUGGAAAUUAUAAAAGAGUUGGCGAUGAACAUUUUUAGGUACUUUUUCGAUAGCCAAAAUGCGCACAGAGUGUAAAGAAUAGCAACUUCACAGUAUUCUCCAUGAAGUCCAAGCAUACCCAUAAAUUUCUUUUUUCCUUUUUUUGAAAACAAAACACCUUGUAAUUGUUGAGUGUUUAUUUAUUAUUAGCUGAAUAUCCGUUCUUCGUACAGUGUGAAAAAAAAAGAAUCCAGCAAAUUAGUGUUAAACGACACUUAAAAAAUCAUGCAAGACAAAUUCCAACACAAAUAAUAAAGCUAAAAUAAUUCCAGUUUUUUAAUUUAUUAUUUGUGCCCUUCUCGGUGCCUUUACGUUAAUAGAUUUAACAAAGCGCGUACUUUGUCGCUAUCAGAAUAAAGAUUAACUGUAUUCAGUAUCACCUGUCAUAAUACUGUUAAUACUUUAUUUUAAUGUAUAUACAGAUACUUAAUAUUUAUUUCUAUGAAGCAUUUUAUUGUUACUAUCUUUUCAAAAUGCAGCUAGCUAUGUGAGAAGUUCAUUUGUGCAGCUAUGUGAAGAGUUCAGAUUGAAAUUUUAUUGUAAUUUUUGCGAUUAUUUUUUAACUUCAUUAUUUUAAUUUAGAUUCAUUUUAAUGUUUCUUCAAUACUUUGCGGAUCAUUAAAUCCAUAGACAUUCAACUUGUUAAACGAAUAAAAUAUGUAUCUAUGCACAAAGACUCUGCAAAUGGUACGCUUCAAAAUUUUAACAAACUAUUUACUUAAUAAAAAUGGGGUGUAUUUAAUAAACUACUAGUUAACAAAAAGCAUAAAUUCCUAUCAAGUUCUCGAGUUUAAUCCUUUAUUUUUCCAUGUUUUUUUUAUCUCCAAUUUGUAAGAGAUAUUGCUUGGAUUUUUAAUUAAUGAAACAAGUUAUUAAAUUUGACUCUUUGCAAACGCUAGGCUAAUUGGAAAAGUUUGAAUCCAAUGAACCUGAUAGGCUUAUGACAAUGCGCCAACUUUCCGUUUACGUUCAUCACAGAAUAUAUCAUAUUACCCUGAUUCAUAAUGAGAUUAUCAUUGCAGUAAGCCAACGCAGAUUCCAAGCUGAUUGUAAUAAGCCUUUUAAAGCUGAAAAAAAAUUUCCAAUUCGCUGCCGUUUAGAUAAAUGGCGACUUUUGCAAAGAAUCGGAUUUUCUAAUGAACCAGCGACCAUACAUAAUGAAGUUUGAAGCUGCUUUAGUGAAUGGUGUCACGUGAUUCAGUAUCAAAAGAUUGUUACAUUUAAUAUUCAUUACAAAAACACCAGAAGCUGCAUUUUAUGCUUGCAAAAAUACAAAUGCGUGUGUGGCAAAUGUUCAGUUUUUAACGAAGGAUCAGGCAAAUGAAUGUUACAUGUGCGCUAUGAACGAAAAAGUACCGAUUUUUAAAAGCAAAAUGACGUGUGCAUCACGUGCAUCGAGCUUGAUCUGAAAUGUAUUACAUGCCGGACCCUGAUCGUCCAAUUCACCCUACUUGUUGAGGUUUCAGAUAUAUAUACAUAUUGUCUUAGAGAACAAGACUUUUGUAUCAAUGUUUUAGUGAUUUUUGUUUUCCAUGGGCUCGGAAUAACAACGUGAUUUAUGAGACGUUUACCCUUAUCCAUAUUGUAAAAAAAAUUUACAAAGAAAUAUAUUUAGAGAAUAUUGGAUUGUAUUUAUUAUAUAUGUAAAAAAAAAAAAAAUUAUUUAACAAACAUUUGAAAGUUAUGAAGUUACUUUUCGAACGCAGUUUUUAGCAACUUUUUGUUCAGAUUCACCUUUGCUUUGAGUCAAUAAAAAUUGCCUAAAAUUGAGAAAGACGAAGUUAUGUUACUUUUAUAGCUAUCUCUAUAAACAUUAAUCAAUAUAACACGUUUAAUAUUUUUAUAAUAAUUUAUUUUUUCAAUUUUUCUUUUAUGGUCGAAUAAUUUUUUUUAUUCUUCAAUAAUUUUUUUAUUCUUCAAAACUGUUUUUUUUAUUUUAUCCUAUUUAAUAUUUUUGAACACUAAUACUUUUUUAUUUUUUAACACUGCUAUAUGUUUUUCUUUUCUUUUUAGUUUUUAACACUGUUAUGUAUUUUUUAUGUAAUUUUUAAUGAGCUUAAUAGUUUGCAUAAUAACACUGCAUAAUAAAUUUUUUAGUAUUUCUUAAAUGCAAAAAAAAAAAAAAAAACUACAAAAAGUUGCUAAACAAUUGUGAACGGAAAUAAAUGAAUACAAAUAUAUGUUGAUGCCCAAAAG